AUGAAUAUAAGUCUUCCCACAUCAAUAGAGCAAGCUGUCCAGGGAAAAGUACCCACAUUGGAUGAAGAUGUGCGGUUGGAACUUCGAAAGUUGGGAGAGCCAGUAACGUACUUUGGGGAAGAUAAAUCUGAUAGAAGAAAUCGAUUAAUCAAACUUAUAGAGAAGUUAAAAAGUGAAAAGCUGACUAUUGAUGAUGUGUCUGCCAUGUAUGAAGAUGAACAGCAAUCUGAUGAAAUGGAUGAAGAUGAGGAGCAAGAUGAGGAUGAAGAAUUUUGGACUCCUGGACCAGAAGAAUUGCUAGAUAUAAGAUAUGACCUCACAAAGUUUUCACUAAAUGGCACAAAAUCUCGAAUAAUCCAACAACAAAGGGAAAGCGAGAUUGAGUUUACAGAAGUAUUGAAGUAUCGCCGCGGAAUAAACUCUGGGCUUUCAAAAUUCGAUCUCGUCGGAUCAAACAUCAUUUCCACCAGGGCGGUUUCUGCUUCGAAAUUCUCACCCCAUAAUGAUUCUCUUAUUGCCAUUGGAACCUGGGCUGGGGAUCUUAAGAUUCUCAAUGCCGACACCCUUGAAACAUCAAAAGACAUUGGUGCCCCAAUCAAGUCACAUGCAAACCAACUACAUAACAAGAUUAGUGGGUUAGACUGGUAUCCAACCCCUUCUCAAGAUCCAAACCUGAUAUGCCUAGCAUCAUCCAAUUCUAAUGACAAUUCAAUUCUUUUAUGGUCUCUCAACUCUGCGAACCCAUUAGCAUCAUUAUCAGGCCAUGAAUCACGAAUUAUUGACACUAAGUUUCAUCCUCAAGGAAAGUUACUUGCAUCUUCAUCGUACGAUCGAACAUGGAGACUUUGGGAUCUUCAAACUCAAAAGGAAUUAUAUCUUCAGGAAGGUCAUGCCAAAGAGGUACAUAGUAUUGGAUUUCAGAAGGAUGGUGCGUUGAUUGCGUCGGGUGGUUUGGAUGCUAUCGGAAGAAUUUGGGACUUACGUACCGGAAAAGAAAUUAUGUCACUUUAUGGCCAUGUCAAAGAUAUCAUGUGUUUAGAUUGGUCUGAUAAUGGAUACCAAGUUACCACCGGUAGUAAAGACGGUACUAUAAAGAUAUGGGAUUUGAGAUAUACUCCUAACAAGAUGAAUAAUGUGGGGUACAAAGAAUAUCUUUAUAAUGAUAGACCAUUAUUUACUAUUCCAGCGCAUAAUAAGCUUGUUUCUGGUUUGACAUUCUUUCAUCAUAAUCAAGGAACCCAACUCGCCGAUUUUCUCAGAAAUGAUUUGCCAGUGAAUCCAUCUUCAAAGUUUUUAUUGAGUAGUUCUUAUGAUGGAACUUUAAAGAUAUGGUCGGCAGAUAAUUGGGUCAAUGUUAAGACUUUACGCGGGCAUAUCGAUAAUAAAAUAAUGAGCUGUGAUAUUAGUUCUACAGGUGACAAAAUCGUCAGCAGUGGCUGGGAUAGAUCAAUUAAGCUAUGGUCCACUAAUGAUUUUAUAUGA